AGUAGAACUUCACAGUGAAAACUUGUUUGCGAAUUUUCUUUGACUGACAAGUUCUGUACAUGUCUCCUUUUUUUGGUUAGAAACUAUGGAGUAGUUCUUCUUUUAGUUCAUUCUCACCUCGAUAUAUAUAUAUAUAUAUAAAUACACAUAUAUUUUUAUUUUAUCUAUUAUUUUGACGUGGGUACGUUCGUAAGUGAUGCCUCUUCUUUGAUAUGAGGGUUUAACAAAAUUUCACACAUCUUUGUUGGUCCGAACAGAUCGGAUCAGAAGCUGUACCUGAGCACUCAACUACUCUCCGGUUAUGAUUAUUAGAUCACUUAAUUUCUAUAUUAUAGAGAGAGAUUAAAAUUGUCAUAGAUCGAUCGAUCGAUCAAGAGAAGAAGAUCAAAGCAGAAAUUAGAUGUGGCGAUGGAAGGCUAUGAAGGAGGCUCAGAAUCUCGCUACGUUCGUCAACUCCUCCUCGGACCCCGUCAACUGCACUUGCAACACCAAACAACAACACAAUUACCAUCGGAUUCCAACGAAUCUCCGGCGGCCGACAACAACAAUGAUGCUGCCACCGCCAGCUCCGGCGGAGCAGCCACCUCUUCCCGCCGUUCCAGAGGCCGUCCUGCCGGCUCCAAGAACAAGCCCAAGCCUCCUAUAAUUGUCACUAGAGACAGCCCCAAUUCGCUCCGAUCUCAUGUACUCGAGGUCUCAGCCGGAGCAGACAUUGUGGACAGCGUGUCCAAUUAUGCCAGGCGGAGGGGAAGAGGAGUGUGUGUUCUCAGCGGAGGUGGCACCGUGGCCAAUGUCACGCUCCGCCAGCCGGCUGCUCCUGCCGGGAGCGUUGUCACGCUGCACGGCCGCUUCGACAUUGUUUCACUCUCCGGAACCGUGCUUCCACCGCCAGCACCACCAGGGGCUGGUGGGCUGUCGAUAUUUUUAGCAGGGGGACAGGGACAGGUGGUUGGAGGGAGUGUGGUGGGUCCGUUGGUGGCUUCCGGUCCGGUGGUUCUGAUGGCUGCAUCUUUUGCAAAUGCGGUGUUCGAACGUUUACCGUUGGAGGUGGAGGAGGAGGAAGAGGAGGGGGCUGUUCAGGUGCAACCUGCAGCGUCCCCAUCUUCGAGUGUGACCGUAGGUGGUGGUGGUGGUGGUGGUGGAAGCGGCGGUGGAGCUAGCAGUAGCGGUGUUCCUUUCUUUAAUAUGGCAGCAAACAUGCCUAAUUAUCCCUUUUCAGGUGAUUUGUUAGGAUGGGGUAAUACUGGAAGUGCUACAAGGCCUCCAUUUUAAUGGUGCAUGUGAUUAAUUCUGAGUUAUUAUGGUUUUGAGUGAUCAUAAUAUAUAGGCCAUGAGAUUUAAUGUGAUGAAGAAGGAGGUCAUGAGUGGAAAUUUACAAAAUUAAGCAUGGUCUUUACUGUGAUAGAUUUAUAUUGGCCUUUUGGAGGAGCUAGGUACAUGCAAAGAAAGUUAUGUUAAAAGCUGAAGUUAUAAUCUUAUGAAUUAGGGAAGAUUUUACAAUUGAAGGAGUAACAUUGGACGGUACUAAAUGUGGAGCCAAAGGGUUUAAGGAGUAAAUUAAGACAUCUCAAGGUAAGUUACAAGUUCAACUUGAUGUGUAUAGACCAUUUGUACUUUCCCCUUAAUUUCCCUCUUUAAUUUCUUUACUUCUUUUCUUUUUUUCACUUAGUUUUGUUUGUAAUAGAAGUUUUGUGGAUAAUGUUGUGAUCAUGCACAAAUGUUCUUUAGGGUUUUUAUUUCCAUCUUCCCA